UUUUAUGAUUAAAUUGCAGAUGGCAGCAACGUUCAUUGCUACCACCUGCCACCUGCACAAUAUAUUUGUUUAUUUAUAUUUUUUUUUAUUAUAUUUUUUUUUGGACAUGUAUAAAUUUCAAUGGUGAUUAAAAAGAGGCUAUAAAAAUCGACCAAACAAUAUCAUUAAAUUGUGUUUCAACAUUUGUUAAAUCCAUUGAAACAAGUAAUAUUUUUUCGACACCAAAAUUUUCGUACACAACUAUUUUGAUAUAAUAAUUAAUUAUAAAUUUUUUUGAUAAACCAAAUAAACAAAUAAAUAUAAAUAAUGUUUAAAAACACAUUUCAAAGUGGAUUUUUAUCAAUACUUUAUAGUAUUGGUAGUAAACCAUUACAAAUAUGGGAUAAAAAAGUUAGAAAUGGACACAUUAAACGUAUAACUGAUAAUGACAUACAAAGUUUAGUACUAGAAAUAUUGGGAAGUAAUGUUAGUACAACAUACAUAACAUGUCCAGCUGAUCCACGUAAAACACUUGGUAUUAAAUUACCAUUUUUAGUAAUGAUUAUAAAGAAUUUAAAGAAAUAUUUUACCUUUGAAGUACAGGUAAUUGAUGAUAAAAAUGUUAGAAGAAGAUUUCGUGCAAGUAAUUAUCAGUCAACAACAAGAGUCAAACCAUUUAUCUGUACAAUGCCAAUGAGAUUAGAUGACGGAUGGAAUCAAAUACAGUUUAAUCUUGCUGAUUUUACAAGACGUGCAUAUGGUACAAAUUAUGUUGAAACAUUGAGAGUACAAAUUCAUGCUAAUUGUCGAAUACGAAGAGUUUAUUUUUCUGAUAGAUUAUAUUCUGAAGAUGAAUUACCAGCUGAAUUUAAAUUAUUUUUACCAAUUCAAAACAAGGCUAAAUGUUAA